UUCAUUUCAGUAUGUCGUUGCUAAAAAUGUUGACAGGUUGUGCUGCCCGUGACCUGCUUCGUAAUGUGUAGUAAAAAGUGGUUAAAGUAGGCUAGGCCAUAGGCUACUUUAAACAAAAGCUACGCAAGGACAGCGUGGCCACUGAAGAUGCGGCGUUUCAGCAAACAGUCUUUCGCAUAAUAGCCUGCCUUUAAAACUAGAUAGAUUAAUAUCCUUUGACGUUACUUUGAAGAGUGAAGUUCAGCUGCGACACGCGGUCACAGAGAGGAGGAGGAGGAGGAGCCCGGGAUGCUCGAGGAGGCAGGAGCCUUCAGCGCUCGUGGUGCGCGCUCUCUUCCCGUCUCGAGCCCCGCCUCGCGACUGGUCUUCGCGCAUCUGUCAACUGCCGCUGGACAGCGCGGCAUGUCUUGAUUUUCGCCGCUAUAUGGAAUAUAUUGGAGGCAAAGCGAUGUCGGAAGUACGAAAAUUCACCAAAAGGCUCAGUAAGCCCGGGACAGCGGCAGAGCUGAGGCAAAGUGUUUCGGAGGCGGUGCGGACAUCAGUGAUUGUGGAGCAGCCUAAGGUGAUCGAGCCUUUGGACUAUGAGAAUGUGGUCUUCCAGAGGAAAGCCCAGAUACACAGCGACCCCCAGAGAGACCUGCUGCUCUUCCCUGCUGAUGAUGUUGCGGAGUCCCAGAUUGCUCGUCAGAGGAGGACGGUGGUUCCCUCUGUACCUCAAAACGCAGAGAAGGAGGCGCAGAGCCUAUUCGCCCGAGAGUGUAUCAGGAUGUACAAUACUGACUGGCAGGUGAUCAGCUACAAGUAUGAGGCCUACUCUGGAGACUUCCGAAGCCUGCCCUGUAAGGGCCUGAAAUCGGACAAGCUGCCCUCACACAACUUUGAAGUGGACGAGGAUACUAAUGAGGACACGUCGUCUGUGUGUUCCAAUAGAGGGGGGGUCCUGAAGCAGGGCUGGCUACAGAAGGCCAAUCUCAACAGCAGCCUGUCUGUCUCCAUGAAGGUGUUCAAGAGGAGAUAUUUCUACCUGUCUCAGCUGCCCGACGGCUCCUACAUCCUCAACUCCUACAAGGACGAGAAGAACUACAAGGACACCAAGGGCUCCAUAUACCUGGACUCAUGCAUAGACGUCGUACAGUGUCCUAAGAUGAAGAGGUUCGGGUUCGAGUUGCGUAUGCAGGAUCGCUACAGUCACCUGCUGGCGGCCGACUCAGAGGCGGAGAUGGAGGACUGGGUGAGCACGCUCAAACAGGCGCUACAGGGAGCCGGAGAAGACAAACGGAACGGACACGAUGACUGCUCUAUAGAUGAGGAGACCAGUAGUCAGGGCAAACCAGAGGGCAUCGUGGAGGGACUGGGGCGGAGCCUACACCCAGAGCUCAUGAAGUAUGCACGGGAGACGGAUCAGCUGAAUAAGAUCAACCGCAACGAGGGAAGAAACAGGAUCCUCACACUGGACCCGGAGACACAGAGGCUGGACUUCUCUGGGAUCGAGCCGGAGGUGAAGCCCUUUGAGGAACGGCUAGGCCAUCGGCUCAUGGUGAGCUGCCAUGACCUGACGCUAAGCUUACAGGCCUGCGUCACGGAGAAGCAAGAUGGCGUCCUCACUAAUGUGGAGCCCUUCUUCAUCAGCCUGGCUCUGUUUGACGUGUCUCGGGGGUGUAAGAUCUCCUCUGACUUCCACGUGGACCUGAACCCUUCAUGCGUGCGGGACAUGCUGACAGAGGGGGGGUCGCCCCAGACGCCCCCCGACACACCACACCCCCACACAGGAAGUGAGGUCAACGGGGGCGGGGUCAAGGGGAACGGCAACGGGCUGCCGGUGCUGCAGAGGGUGUCAGAAUCCCUGUUGCGCUUUCCUACUCAGGGUAUAUUCUCGGUGACCGAUCCCCAUGUGGAUAUCUACCUGGUGGCCAGAGUGGAGAAGGUCCUUCAGAACGGCAUCACACACUGCGCAGAGCCCUACAUCAAGACAUCAGACGCCAACAAGACGGCUCAGAAGAUUCUGAAGGCGGCUAAGCAGGCGUGUCAGAGGCUGGGCCAGUACCGCAUGCCUUUUGGCUGGGCUGCCAAGCAGGUGUUCAGGGAUGCCCAAGGGAGUCUGGAUCUGGAUGGGAAGUUUUCUCCCCUGUAUCGCCAUGACAGCAGCAGAAUCUCCACUGAAGACCUCAUCAAACUACUCACAGACCUCAGGAAGCCAGAGAGGAGCAGUAAGCUGCAGGUCAUUCCAGGACAACUCAACAUCACCAUCGAGUGUGUACCGCCCGACCUCUCAAACUGUGUGAGUCCGUCCUACCUGCCGGUGCGUCCGUUUGAAGAUGGCUGUGAGCGCGUCUGUGUUGAGCAGGAGGAGUUCAUGGGUGACCAGGCCAAACACCACCAGCCCUGCACGGCCUACCGCAACCAGCUCUACGCAUACCCUCUACAGCUCAAAUACGACUCACAGAAGGCCUUCGCAAAGGCUAGAAAUAUUGCUGUGAGUAUCCAGUUCAGAGAUUCAGACGAAGAAGGAGCCACACCCCUGAAGUGCAUCUACGGCAAGCCUGGGGAGCCAAUCUUCACUGCAAACGCCUGUGCUGCCGUACUCCACCACAACCAGUGCCCAGAGUUCUACGAAGAGUUUAAGAUAGAGCUUCCUGUCCACAUCCAUGAGAAGCAUCACCUGCUCUUCACCUUCUACCACAUCAGCUGUGAAGUCAGCAGCAAGAAGAAAGAGGGAGUGGAGACACUAGUGGGCUACUCCUGGUGUCCCCUGUUCAGGGAGGGUCGUCUCCAGUCCUCCGAGCUGCAGCUGCCGGUCUCUGCCAACCUGCCCUCUGGUUACCUGGAAGGUUACCUCGGAGACAAGAAGGCCUGUUCCGAUAUCAAGUGGGUGGAGAACAGUAAGGUGCUCUUCAAACUGAGGACACACGUAGCAUCCACAGUACACUCUCAGGAUCUGCAUCUUGAUAAGUUCUUCCAGUACUGCCAGUCUCUGAAGUCGGGCUCUGAAGAGAACCCCACUGAACUCAUCAAAUACCUUAAGUGCCUGCAUGCGGUGGAGACGCUGGUGUUGAUCCGCUUUCUGCCCGUCGUGUUGAAGCAGCUACUGCACACGCUCACCACUCCGACCAAAGACACACACGACGUGGCAGUCAACGCUACACGUGUGAUCAUUCAUAUCGUCUCUCGAUGUCACGAGGAAGGGCUGGAGCACUACCUACGGUCUUUCAUAAAGUAUGUCUUCCAGACCAGUAGGGGUGCUGCAGGGAACUCAGCCACCACUCACGAGGUGCUGGCCACCGCUGUCACCGCCAUCAUCAAACAGACGGCGGACUUCAACACCAGCAACAAGCUGCUCAAGUACUCCUGGUUCUUCUUUGAGACGAUGGCCAAGUCCAUGGCACAGUUCCUCCAUGAGGGCAACAGGACAAGGAUGCCGCGUGCCCAGAGGUUUCCUGAUAGUUUCCACCAGGCUCUGCAGUCCUUACUGCUGUCUCUGCUCCCCCACAUCACCAUACGCCACACUGAAGUACCCGAGGAGGCACGCGCAGCUAACCUCAGUCUGGCAGUGUUUAUCAAGCGCUGCCUGUCCUUGAUGAACAGAGGCUUUGUCUUCAGCCUCAUCAAUGACUACCUGUGUGGAUUCACCUCCAAAGACCCAAAGGUUCUGACGGAGCUGAAGUUUGACUUCCUGUUGACAGUGUGUAACCAUGAGCACUACAUCCCUCUCAACCUGCCCAUGGCCUUCGGACGCACCAAGCUGCAGCGCGUACAGGAUUUGAUUUCGUAUGCAGCGGAGUGUUUGGGCGUCGUAGACCAGAGUCUGGAGUGGAGCUUGACAGAGGAGUACUGCCGUAACCAUUUCCUGAUCGGGCUGCUGCUGCGUCAUGUGGCGGACGGCCUGAAGGGGGCGGCAGAGAUACGGCAGCUGGCAGUGGCGGUGCUGAAGAACCUGCUCAUCAAACACACCCUGGACGACCGCUACAACGCAUACAAGAAUCAGCAGGCGCGUAUAUUCCUGUUGUACCUGCCUCUGUUUGAGCUGCUCUACCAGAGCCUCCCCCAACUCAGCUCUCCCAAACACACACCUGCACCCGGAUACACACUGCCGGGUCAAAGAGAAGACCUCUCCCUUUCUGGAACUGACAGCAGAAGAAUUAGUGCGAUCAUCGACAAGGACCACGGUCUCCUGUCUCAGAAUGGCCACUCUGUCAGGAGGGAGGACUCAAGAAGCUCUCUGUACCUGGACACAUCUGACAGCACUGAGAUAAGUCGUCGUGGCUCCACUAUGAGCACUGUUGGAGUGGUGCCCCCUGGAGGAUGCUUGGGACAUUACGAGGUCAAGGGACUCCUGCUGUGCUUCCUACACAUCGCCAGGACCAUUACCGACGAUUCUUUAAUGGCCUACUGGAACAAGCUGAACCCACAAGACAUCAUGAACUUCCUCAGCCUUCUGGAGAUCUGCCUGGUCCAGCUUCGCUAUGGAGGGAAGAGGAACAUCAGCAGGAGUCAGGACCUGUGGGUGUGUAAGCUCUCGUCUCCAGAGCGCCGGUCUCAGACGAUGCCAAUAAUGAGGAGCAGGGGAUCACUCACACAGACCAGGCUCACACCGUUUGGAACCCUGGACACCUCAGGCCUGUCUGAGAUAGAGAUUAACCACCAGGCUCUUCUGGAAGGAAAUAUCUCCACUGAAGCUUCUCUGGUCGUCCUGGACAUACUGUCAGCCUUCACUCACAACUUUAAGACGCAGCUGUCGGACAGCGACGGCCACAACCCCCUGAUGCAGAAGGUCUUUGGCGUGUACCUGACCUUCCUGAAGAUUGGCCAAUCAGAAGGGGCGCUCAAACACGUCUUCGCCUCGCUCAGGGCCUUCAUCAGCAAGUUCCCCUCUGUCCUGUUUAAGGGCCGUGUGAGUGUGUGUGGCUCCUUGUGUUGCGAGGUUCUCCGCUGCUGCGUGUCCAAGCUGGGGGUGCUGAGAGGGGAGGCAUCCGCUCUACUCUACCUGCUCAUGAGACAGAACUAUGAGUUCACCAAGAGGAAAAGCUUCCUCCGAACACACUUACAGAUCAUCAUCGGUGUGAGUCAGCUGAUUUCUGAUGUGGCGUUGACGGGCAGCUCUCGAUUCCAGGAGUCGCUUUCCAUCAUCAACAACUUCGCUAACAGCGACAAGGCCAUGAAGUCCACAGCGUUCCCCAGCGAGGUGAAGGGCCUGACCAAGCGAAUCCGCACGGUUCUCAUGGCGACGGCUCUGCUGCGUGAGCACGAACGAGACCCGGAGAUGCAGCUGGACCUGCAGUACAGCCUGGCCUGCUCAUACGCCUCCACGCCUGAACUGAGGAGGACCUGGCUACACAGCAUGGCCCGCGCACACAUCAAACACGGAGACUACUCAGAGGCGGCUAUGUGUUACGUCCAUGUGGCAGCGCUGGUGGCAGAGUACCUACACCGUAAAAAGCUGUUCCCCAGUGGUUUGGCUGCGUUUAAGAAGGUGACUCUGAACAUCGACGAGGAGGCAGCUAUGAAGGAAGACACUGGCAUGCAGGACGUCUACUACACAGAGGAGGUCCUGGUGGAGCAUCUGGAGGUGUGCGUGGAGGGCUUGUGGAAAGCCGAACGCUACGAGCUCAUCACACACAUCGCCAAGAUCAUCAUCCCCAUCUACGAGAAACGCCACGAGUUCGAGAAGUUGCGCAGGCUCUAUGAUACUCUACAGAGGGCGUACGCGAAGGUUCUGGAGGUCAUGCAGUCUGGACGCAGACUACUGGGAACGUACUUCAGAGUGGCCUUCUAUGGACAGGUGUUUGAGGAAGAGGAUGGAAGGGAGUAUAUCUACAAGGAGCCCAAGCUGACGGGCCUGUCGGAGAUCUCUCAACGCCUCCUCAGCCUCUAUGGAGACAAGUUUGGAGCCGACAACGUCCAGAUCAUACAGGACUCCAACAAGGUGAACCCUAAGGACCUGGACCCUAAGCUGGCGUACGUGCAGGUGACAUUUGUGAAGGCGUAUUUUGACGACAAGGAGCUGGCGGAGCGCAGCACGGCCUUCGAGCGCUCGCACAACCUCUCCCACUUCGUCUUCGAGACACCGUACACGCUCUCGGGCAAGAAGCACGGCGGGGUGGAGGAGCAGUGCAAACGACGCACCGUACUCACCACGGCCCAGUGUUUCCCGUACGUCAAGAAGCGUGUGUGUGUGGUCGGGGAGAAACACGUUGAGCUUAAGCCGCUGGACGUUGCCAUUGACGAGAUGAAGGAGAGGAGUGCCGAACUGGAGAGACUCUGUGCAGCGCAGGGGGUCGACAUGAUACAGCUACAGCUCAAACUACAGGGCUGCGUCAGCGUACAGGUGAAUGCGGGCCCCAUGGCCUAUGCCAGAGCUUUCCUGCAGGACUCCAGCAAGAACAACAAAAAGGCCAAGGAGCUCAAGGAGGUCUUCAGGAGGUUUGUGCAGGCGUGCAGCUUGGCUCUGGACGUCAACGAGCGCCUGAUUAAGGAAGACCAAUAUGAAUACCAUGAGGGACUCAAGAGCAACUUCAAAGACAUGGUCAAGGAGCUCUCCGAACUCAUACACGAACAGAUCUACCAGGAGGAUGUGAUGAGGUCCCUGCUCCAGACGUCUCUGCAUGUCUUCAGUGCCAUCAGCGGGACAGUACCUGACCUCAGCUAGAGAGAAACCCUGGACCUACACACACAUACACACACACAGGCACACACACACAUACACACAGGCACAGGCACGCACACACAGGCACACAGGCCCAUGGACACACACGUAUGCAUACACACGUGCCAAUGCACGACACUUGCACGCAAUGGUACGCACGUGCAUGUGCACACACUUUGCACAAAUGUACAUGUGCACAUUGAACAUUCACACACUCUCAUUUGCACACACACAUUCAGACACCUCCACACAUUUCCUGUAAACGACAUAUCUCAGUCUCUCUGCAAAUAAGUGGCAAACGUAGCCAUUGUGCUAACAGAUGUGCACCUCUCUCUCUCUCUCUUCUCUCUCUCUCUCUCCAUCUCUCUCUUUUUCUCUCGGUCUUCCGUGCGUGUGUGUGUGUGUGUGUGUGUGUGUGUGUGUGUGUGUGUGUGUGUGUGUGUGUGUGUGUGUGUGUGUGUGUGUGUGUGUGUUUAAAACUUAGCAAUAGGAUCUUAAGUAUGACUCAGCUGCUGGCUUGUGGUUCGUCAGAAGUGCCGUGUUUGUUUGAGUUACAUAGCCGUGUGUGUUGGUGUUAAUCCUUACUGGCGGUGUGUGUGUCUGUGUGUGUGUGUGUGUGCGUGCGUGUGUGUGUGUGUUUAUGAGAGGAGAGGGACAUGUCUGUGAGUGCGUAAGACAGAGUGAGUGGAAGGACAUGUGCAUAUGCAUAUGUGCAAGAGUGUAUGUGUGCUUAUUUGUGUGCAUGCAUGUGUGUAUUUUUGUGAGUGUAUUUGUGCAUGUGUGUGUGUGUAAUGUAUGUGUGUGAUUGUAUCCGUGCAUGUGUGUAUUGGUGUGCGUGUGUGUGUGUGUGUGUGUGUGUGUGUGUGUGUGUGUGUGUGUGUGUGUGUGUGUGUGUGUGUGUGUGUGUGUGUGUGUGUGUAACGGCAGGGUCUUGCGCAGGACUUGGUGUUGAGAGGAAAUAGACUGGGCAGUUGAGCAAGAGUGUGCACCUACACAAACCUUCAGACACCCAGAAGUAUGUGUGUGUGUGUGUGUGUGUGUGUGUGUGUGUGUGUGU